AUGCCUCCCGCACAGCCUGAGCUCAAGAAGUACCUCGACAAGCGCCUCUUUGUGCAACUGAACGGCAGCCGCAAAGUCAUCGGCAUUCUUCGCGGCUACGAUGUCUUCUUGAAUGUGGUUCUCGAUGAGGCGGUAGAGGAGAAGGACGGCGGCGAAAAGGUUCGCCUUGGUAUGGUGGUCAUUCGCGGUAACUCGGUCGUCAUGCUUGAAGCAUUAGAGAGGAUCGGCGGCGACGACAGACAGCACCAACAUCACCGAUAG